GUAGAUUUCGGCAAAAACAGUAAUGUUGUAUCAUCUUUCUGAUCAUCAGUCCACACUGGUACCAGGGAGAGCAGAACUAAAGUUCAGCAGUUUACCUUAUAUGCAAGUCGUCAUUGUGAAUCUUCGCUGCAAGUGUGUUGCCCUCUGCAUUUUUAACUCUUGGAACAGGCAUAUCAACUACAAAGUAAUUUGCAAAUCUACAUUUAGCAACAGAAUUUUCUUUCGGUGUAUGCAUCUGAAGGAGAUGCCCUUCCUUUUCCUGUAAGACUACCUGCUGGCCUCUUUACAUGCUACCUGCUUCGUUGUCAUUGUAGUUAUCUGCUUCGUUGUCAUUGUAAUGUUGAAGUUAAGAAGAAAAGGACAUCAAGUAGUCUGGACAGGCUAUUUAUCCCCUGAUAAGGUUCCAAUGUUCACAAAAUAUUUCUUGUAUUGAUAUUCUGAUGAUUUGAUCAUCUUGAUCAAUUUAAGAAAAAAAAGGAUUUAUAUAGGUCAUGCUGUCAAUUUCUAUGGAGGAGCUUACUAUGGAGCAUAUAUCUAGUCAAGUGUAUACUUCUUUGAGGCAACUACAUGCUCGACUAGAAAUGUGAUGAUCCAGAAAACUCAAGUACUCUUUAUCAGAAUCUAAAGCAAAAAAGUUUUGGCUGAUCUAGAUGGCUAAAUGGCUAGCAAUGCAAGCUCAUUGACACUAGAUGCCCUCAUGGCUACAUGAACCUUUCCUUUUCUUUUUCCCUUCCUAAACUUUCUGUUUUACAAUGCCGAUCCCAAGACAGAUACAUGUGGCCAUAGCUCCUACCUUGCCUUUAGUCCUCUUCUUCUCUACGACACUUCAAAGAGACUAAGCUUGCGAGACACAAAAACAAGUCAGUGGGCUGACGAACAUGAUCCAAUGCAACGUCCAGGCAGGCGAUGUUGUGACAACUUUCUCAUUCUAAUACAACCUCCACAACGUACCAGCAGAUCAUAAAAGUGUGUUAUCCAGAAAAAAACAAAAGCUGGUUUCGUUAAAAGAAAACAAAAGAAGAUCCUUCGGUGCUGUAAGACGUCCAGAGCCUGCUUGUGUGAGAAUCUUGGAAAAAAGAGACCGCAGCUACUUGUAGGGCAGGCUUUGAAUCAUUUCACGGAGGGGCUAAAGAGCACAGCGGCAAGACGUGGUAGGGAAAGACAAAGGGGAAAGACAAAGAGAAAGAUCAGCAAGAAAGGAGGCGGUGAACCAGGAGAGUCAUGGCGCCGGUUGGUCUUCCCCCAGGCUUUAGGUUCCAUCCAACUGAUGAGGAGCUUGUGAACUAUUACCUCAAGAGGAAGGUCCAUGGCCUCAGCAUUGAACUCGACAUCAUCCCAGAAGUAGACCUCUACAAAUGCGAGCCUUGGGAGCUAGCAGAGAAAUCAUUCCUGCCUAGUAGAGACCCUGAGUGGUACUUCUUUGGGCCAAGGGAUAGGAAGUACCCAAACGGAUGCCGGACAAACCGUGCAACCCGAGCAGGAUACUGGAAAUCGACUGGCAAAGAUCGGUCGAUCAACUACCAGAAGAGGUCAAUUGGUAUGAAGAAGACAUUAGUCUUCUACCAAGGUCGAGCUCCUCAGGGUAUCAGGAGCAACUGGGUCAUGCAUGAGUACCGCAUAGAAGAAAGCGAAUGCAAUAAUACUAUGGGGAUUCAGGACUCCUAUGCACUAUGUAGGGUUUUCAAAAAAAAUGUGCCGGUUGGUGAAUUUGAGAAGCAAGGGGAGUGCAGCACUUCACGGGCUAAAGACAACCAAGAAGAAGUUACAGACUUCGAGGAUGCUGGACAGUCGUCAGGUGCUGCUGAGAAUGAUAAAGACAAUUCAUGGAUGCAAUUCAUAGUAGAUGAUCUGUGGUGCACCAACAAAACAAAGUAAUGAACUAAAAAAGACAGCUUUUUUAGCUUCAUCUAACCAGAAUCCCAUUACUAGUUACACUGUAUCUUUGUAUAUGUUUGAUAAAAACAUUUCACACUUUGGACAGGAUGACAACUUAAGUUUGGACUCUGAUUCUUAGUUUAGGUUUAUCUCAUCUUUUGGUAUUGUUAAUGUAAUAUACAAAUGUGCUACUUUAUACUUCCGCCUCCAAUUUUCCUGUAAACUAUACUAUAAUGGAACAGCACAUGGUAAAGCAGUAAACUACAAAA